AUGCCCCCGACGGCACCGUUCCGUGCGCAGUACGAACACGGAAAGCAUCUUGACGACCGAGCCCAAGCUCUGGAUAAGGGAAUGAAACCGUACAAGAAGACUGCCAACCCUCAGGGCAAGGCGGAAAAGAAACGCGGCAACCCGAAGUAUGGUGGGAAUCCACCGGAAACUCGUGAAUGGCAUAAUGGGGCGGCUGAACGCCUAGAAGAAGCUGGGCGAACAUGGAAGGCGGCGGGAGACGCGAGACAGAAGACAGCGCAUGAUUUCGUAGGGUAUGACAGUCUUCAGGGGCACCUAGGACAUAAACAACGCGUCGAGAAGUGCCACAAAUCUGGCGACAACAGAUUUCAAACGGCAGAGACGCAUAGAAAGGCAUUUUCGUAG